UUCCGUCCGUCACUGGAGGCCGGCAGAAAGCUGAGGCUGCAUCAUUGCUGAGACCGUGGGGCGUGACAUGGCGGUGAACCUGAGCCGGAACGGGCCGGCGCUGCAGGAGGCCUAUGUGCGGGUGGUCACCGAGAAAUCCCCGACCGACUGGGCUCUUUUUACCUAUGAAGGCAACAGCAAUGACAUCCGUGUGGCUGGCACAGGGGAGGGAGGCCUGGAGGAGCUGGUGGAGGAGCUCAACAGCGGGAAGGUGAUGUACGCCUUCUGCAGGGUGAAGGACCCCAACUCUGGCCUGCCCAAGUUUGUCCUCAUCAACUGGACAGGCGAGGGUGUGAAUGAUGUGCGAAAAGGAGCAUGUGCCAACCACGUCAGCACCAUGGCCAACUUCCUAAAGGGUGCCCAUGUGACCAUCAACGCACGGGCUGAGGAAGAUGUGGAGCCUGAGUGCAUCAUGGAGAAGGUUGCCAAGGCUUCUGGGGCUAAUUACAGCUUCCAUAAGGAAAGCAGCUGCUUCCAGGAUGUGGGGCCUCAGGCCCCAGUGGGCUCUGUGUACCAGAAGACCAAUGCCGUGUCUGAGAUCAAGAGAGUUGGCAAGGAUAACUUCUGGGCCAAAGCUGAGAAGGAGGAGGAGAACCGCCGCCUGGAGGAGAAGCGGCGGGCUGAAGAGGAGAAGCAGCGGCUGGAGGAGGAGCGGCGGGAGCGGGAGCUGCAGGAGGCUGCCCGACGGGAACAACGCUACCAGGAACAGCACAGAUCAGCUGGACCCCCAAGCCCUUCCAGCAGGACAGGUGAACUGGAGCAAGAGGUGGUUUCAAGGAGCAGACAGGAAUGGGAGUCUGCUGGGCAGCAGGCCCCACACCCACGGGAGAUUUUCAAGCAGAAGGAAAGGGCUAUGUCCACCACCUCUGUCUCCAGCUCUCAGCCAGGCAAGCUGAGGAGCCCCUUCCUGCAGAAGCAGUUCACUCAACCAGAAGCUUCCUAUGGCCGAGAGCCCACUUCUCCUGUGUCACGGCCUGCAGCAGGUGUCUGCGAGGAGCUGGCACCCAGCACUCCGCCCUCAGCCCAGACAGACGAUGAACCUACAUAUGAAGUGCCCUCCGAGCAGGAGACCCUGUACGAGGAACCACCACCGGUCCAGCAGCCAGGGGCUGGCUCCGGACACAUUGACAACUACAUGCAGAGCCAGGACCUCAGUGGGCAAGGACUGUGCGCUCGGGCCUUGUACGACUACCAGGCAGCUGACGACACGGAGAUCUCCUUUGACCCUGAGAACCUAAUCACAGGCAUCGAGGUGAUUGACGAAGGCUGGUGGCGUGGCUAUGGGCCUGACGGCCACUUUGGCAUGUUUCCUGCCAACUAUGUGGAGCUCAUAGAGUGAGCGAGGUCUGUUGUCCUUCUCUACCACAAGUGGCUUCCUUGUUGCCUAAGAGUUAAUGUUCGGCACUGUUCCAGAAAUGGGACUUGAGUGAGGACAAGGCUUCCUCUGCCCUGAGUGCUCCUGUUACCCCAGAUAUAGCAGCUCCCACUGCUCCCCCAAAUGCUUACCGCAGCCUCUAGGCCCUUCUGCCAGCCUUACACUUGACUCCAGUGGGAAUGGCAUACUGAGCCAGGCUUAACCUGUGACCAGCUCUGGAUGGCCUCUGUCCAGGGACAUCCGCACUGAGACAUUGGACAUCCGGGGCCACACUGUACAUUUGUCUGUCUUUCUGUGUGGCUUCUAAGGGCAGCAGCUGCAGCUGUUUAGAAAAGCUCUUGGAGAUCAUGAACUUAAAAGAGAAUUGCUUUCAGUGAAAUCUUGACCAAAGUCAGAGUAGACCUUGACGGUUCUGACAGCAGGGAGGUUUUCUUACCGGAGGCUUCCCUCCUUUCCUAUCCCUGUGUCUGUGCUGUGGGAAGGGGGGCUGGGAUGAGCAAGCUUCCGUCUCUGGGAAUGUGCAAAGUCAAAGACAUGCGUCAUGUGGUUCAUCUGGUGCGUCCUAUACCCUGGCUCCGCCCCUCUGGUGGAUGAGUCUAAGCCGUGUGGUGAGGCCCACAGCCCAUCUGCCCCACUGUGACCUGAGUGGGGAAGAAGUCUAAGCCCACACCACACCUGAGCGUGCACACGUGUGUCAGACUGUGUAGCCUCCUCCAGGAAGCAUAAGUGAGCAGGAAUGGUAGCUAGCUCAUGGCUGCACUCACGAGGGAGAGGCAGAGGCAGGUGGGUCUCUGAGUUCAAGGCCACAAGCCCAGCCUGGUCUUCACUGUUCCUGGACAGCCAGGGUUAACAGGGGUAUAAAUGAUAUAACUGAUGUUGGA